AUGAACAUAAAGAAUGUGGAAUCGAUGCCCUGGACUGCUGGUCAGCGCUCUCACGCCGGAGAGCGAUUCUACAGCAUCAUCGAAUACUUUGGCAACAGCAUCAACUCCAGCGACAAAUAUAAACCUAACUUGCUUAUACGCUAUACCUACGAAUAUUCACGGUCUGAACUGUCCCAGGAUAUAUUCUUACGUUACUUCUUCCGGUAUUUAGAGCGAGACAUUGACAGUAAUGAAGCCAUCGAGUAUGAUGAAAAUUUGCUAGAUGAUGUGAAGGAAUUUGCGGACUCGCUGCUGGAUAAUUUUUACUUUCCCUUGAAAUCAACCGGCAGAAAGACUCCGCAGCCUUUUCCUGCGAACCUCUCAGCGAUCAAAAGUUUACAGGGGCCACACGAAUUUAUCGGCACACCAGAGCGAGUAUCACAUCUUCGGGCUCAAUGUCUCGCCCGAGAUCAUUAUCGUUGUGUGGUUUCGCGAUCAUUUGACGUCAAUGAGGCAUUCAAGCGUUUAUCCAAGGACAAGAAGGCUCUAGAUGAUGAGGGGAUUCUGCUUAAAGGACAGCCCACUGAUGUCUUAGAGGUGGCCCACAUAAUUCCGCAUUCACUAACUCAAGCAGAUACGAAUUCUCAGCUACCUGAGCCUAAAAAAACUGCACUUGCGAUUUUAAAUAUGUUUGACUAUGAUGUGGGCCAUCUCAUUAAUGGUACUGAUAUCGAUCGGCCGCCGAAUGUUUUAAGCCUCACUCCUAAAUGUCGUACUGCUUUUGGAAACUUCGAUAUCUACCUGGAGGCCGUUGCUGAUCAGGAACAUACUUAUCGCAUCAAAACUUUCUCCCCAACCCAAGAAAUGCUAUAUGGACUUCCGGUGACCCGCAAGCUCUUCCUCAGCGAAAACUACACGGUUGAACCCCCUUCGCCCCGGCUCCUUGCUUUGCACAGUGCCAUUGCCCACGUACUUCAUUUAUCCGGAGCUGGAGAGUACAUCGACAAAAUCCUCGGGGAUUUUGAAGAUACUGGCGUCCGAGGGAAUGGAACCACGGAACUGGGCCGCCUGUUGAAGUGGAGGAUCGCUGGUUGGCUACAUAGUGGCACAUCGUGUUCGCAAGACAGACUCAAGGGUAUUCUAGCUAUUGUUUCUAGAACUAUCGCGGCAGAGGGGUAG